AUGCUCGCAUUGCCUUCGGGCGAACGCAGCCUGCAGCAGGGAGACCCUGAUAAGCGGGGCCCACGUCGUAGUCCAGUAUGGACUGUUUCGGAUCUCGAGGCCGAAGUUGCCCGUCUUGAAGAGCGGAUUGCCGACGCGGGAGGCGAGCAGAAGGACCAUCGAAUAUAUGCGACACCUGGGUCAACCGAACACGUCACUCCGGCUAUCAGGACACAGGAUGAAGCCCGGGAGCUGCUCCAACCCACAGAGGUGCAGAUGCAGACGCCAGGUCUCGGGGUUUUGGCCGACCUCAACAACGCCACGGUGUACGACCACGAGAAUUAUAACCUGACGCGCAUGCUUAGGCGUGCACUAGUGCUCCAAAAUGGUACCCUGGAUAUGCACCCCGGGAGGAGAAUCCGCAAGGGCCUCGCGGUUGCGAACGUGUGCUCUGGCGGCCGAGAUCUAUUAUCCGACUUGCCAAUGGACCUGCUAUCGUCAUAUCUGGACCGAUACGUUGAGUACGUUAGUCCGACGUUUCCAAUCCUGGAAUUCGGGGAGCUGAAGAACACACUAGAAUGUUUCAACAAGAAGCAGUCCGCUUCCAAAAGCGAGGAAUGCAUUUUGCGCCUGGCACUUGCUAUUGGUGCGGUAUUCCCCAGCCCAGAUACCUUGCUGGACGCCACUAUUGCAUCUCGGCUUUGGCGGGAGGUUUACAACGAGCCCAGCUUUUACGAGGAGUCCGAGGAUACCGUUCGAAUUCUCAUCCUGCUGGCCAUCCUGUCGCUGUUGGAGGAUGGGUGUGGAAGCACGUGGCAUCUGGUUGAAUUAGUCGUGCGCUCAUGUAUAAAGCUUGGUCUACACAGCAGAACAGCCGCGAAAGCCGCGAGUACUGAUGGGGCUUCUCUAUUUUGGAGUGCGUAUCUCUUGGAUCGUUGGGUCAGUUGCACGCUGGGUCUACCAGUUUCGAUCCAGAAUGAAGAAUUCGAUCAAAAGAUCCCUUCUCGUAUAACAGAGAAUCAUACUCAGUCUUUGCCAGUAUCUCUCUGGAACAUGGCCUACGUCCUCUUCCAGGACGACGAUCUACAGCAACAGGAAGACAUCAGCGGAGGAUUAUCCGAUGAAGAAGCCUGGAAGCCUUCGAUGGUUCUAUACAACAUCGUCUCCAGGGACCUGCAGGUUGCACACGCAGCACGCCGUAUCGUCUGUGGUGGAAUAGAUUCUGCACCAAAAUUCGAGGAUGUUGCAAUUUCUCACCUCCAGCGAACGGAGGCUAUCGUGAGCAAUGGCUGUACGCUGCCCUGGACAACCGGACUCACGACCUUUGUAUCCGUCAUGAUACGACUCAUAUCCUUCGGCCAUCCAGCCAGGUACCGCAUUCUAUUGCGUGGUAGCGCUCCUGAUCCGCAUUAUAUUCAAACGGCACUUGCCAUUGUCCGCUUAAUUUGUCGGAAACAUAGUUACCUUGACCGUCUGGCUGAUAUACUUGAGAACAUCCAGAAGACCGGGACAGCAGGUGAUUCGAUGCCAUUACAAUAA